UUAAUGUAGUUUUGUUUAUUUCAUUCAUAAUUCCAUUAGUUUCGGCUAUACAAAGGCAAAGGAAUGUUAUUAUAUUGAGUGGAACCAAAAGCAACAUCAAACCCAUAGUAACGUGAUGGUGUUUACUAAAUCUAGUUUGAUAUACCGACUCUUACAGAAUGUUAAAUGUUCAAUAGUUUUUCUGAAAAAUUCACGUAUAGUGGGAAAUUUCUGGAAUGCACACAAUCCGAUGUCUUAAAAUAACAACUAAUUGCAUUUGAAAUUCUUUUUUUUUAUAAAGUCAUAAUGAAAUAAGUGUCUUUUGCUUUAUGGAAAGAUCAAUGCAUAGAUCUCCAUGUUUAAUAGUAACUCCAACAACGAAAUUUUUUAUUUGUUAUAAAUUUAGCCACCGGGUAAAAUAAAACAUAAAAAUCUUUAAAAAAUGCAAUUCGAUAUUCGAAAACCACCUCAAUUCGAAACUGCAUGUGUUCGCACUUCGAACAACUUCGGCUGCCGUUCGGGUGGCGUUCCGUUUACAAUGUGCACGUUCACAGAUCCAGCGCUUAAGGGUGUUUGUGCGGAAAGAGAAAAGUUGUGGCGGAUGCAUCAUUCUUUUUCUUCUUUCGAUUGCUCAACGAAACGCGCGCUGUUUGCGGAGUGGUAUCUAAGAAAACUGGUGAAAACUUAACCAUCCCGCAUCGGUCUGGGGCUGGGUGUCGCGUUUGCACAAUUCCGUGCCGUGCGUGAAGUGUGGUCGUCGUGUGGUUCGCUUUUUUGGGGUCGCGCACUGGGCCCGUGUGGGGAACGGCUGUAGGCCCGUGUGCGUGUGUGUAUGUGUGUGCGUGCGUCAGUGUGUGCAGCGAGUUCGAACGGGAAAAGAAGACAAGACCCCUGUCUAGUGCCGUGUGGCCCCGUAAUUGAGUGAAAUAAGGUGGUGUGUUGUGUCCCCACGGUGGAGGACGUGUAAGCGCAACCAGAGAGCCUGCCAGCCAGCCAACAACAACAACGGGAAUUAGUAACAGCAGCACAACGUACAUCUCACAAUGUAUCCAGUAGGCCAACAAUCACCAUGGACUUCUUCGCCGCCAAGGCCUCCAAGUCCGUCUCAGUCGCAGACCAGCUUCGAUACACUCUCACCACCACCAGCCGGUGCAACGGUCAACCCGACAACGGUGGCGACGACGACCGGUACGCAAGGGGCGCAGGCACUCGGUGUCGUACCGGCCACACCACCAGCACCCCCAGACCUGCCGGUCUUCACAUGCCCGCGCCGGCCCAACCUGGGCCGCGAAGGUCGCCCGAUAGUGCUGCGGGCGAACCACUUCCAGAUCACGAUGCCCCGUGGCUACGUACAUCACUACGACAUCAACAUCCAGCCCGACAAAUGUCCGCGCAAGGUCAAUCGGGAAAUUAUCGAAACGAUGGUGCACGCGUACAGCAAGAUGUUUGGCGCACUGAAGCCGGUGUUUGACGGCCGGAACAAUCUGUACACGCGCGAUCUCCUGCCGAUCGGGAAUGAUCGCGUCGAGCUGGAGGUAACGUUGCCGGGCGAGGGCAAGGAUCGGGUGUUCCGUGUCACGAUCAAGUGGGUGGCACAGGUGUCGCUGUUCAAUCUGGAGGAAGCACUGGAGGGACGUACCAGACAGAUACCGUACGAUGCGAUACUGGCGCUGGAUGUGGUGAUGCGUCAUCUGCCGAGCAUGACGUACACACCGGUCGGCAGAAGCUUCUUCAGUUCUCCGGAUGGGUACUAUCAUCCCCUGGGCGGAGGACGUGAGGUGUGGUUCGGUUUCCAUCAGAGCGUCAGACCAUCACAGUGGAAGAUGAUGCUUAACAUUGACGUAUCGGCCACCGCCUUCUACAAAGCACAACCGGUGAUCGAGUUCAUGUGCGAAGUGCUCGACAUCAGAGACAUCAACGAGCAGCGCAAGCCGCUAACCGAUUCGCAGCGCGUCAAGUUCACGAAAGAGAUCAAGGGGCUCAAGAUCGAAAUCACCCACUGCGGUACGAUGCGUCGAAAGUAUCGCGUCUGCAACGUGACCCGACGACCCGCACAAAUGCAAUCCUUCCCAUUGCAGCUAGAGAACGGCCAAACGGUCGAGUGUACGGUGGCAAAAUACUUCCUCGACAAGUACAAGAUGAAGCUGCGCUAUCCGCAUCUACCCUGCCUGCAGGUUGGCCAGGAGCACAAACACACGUACCUUCCGCUGGAGGUAUGCAACAUUGUCGCCGGACAGCGCUGCAUCAAGAAGCUGACGGACAUGCAAACGUCCACCAUGAUCAAGGCAACGGCUCGAUCGGCUCCGGAUCGCGAGCGUGAAAUUAACAACCUGGUACGACGGGCCGACUUUAACAAUGACGCGUACGUGCAGGAGUUUGGCCUUACCAUCUCGAACAACAUGAUGGAGGUGCGAGGCCGUGUGCUUCCGCCACCGAAGCUACAGUACGGUGGGCGCGUAUCCAGCAUGAGCGGACAAUUACUCUCCGGUCCACAGAACAAGGUGAGCUUAGCAUUACCAAACCAAGGGGUUUGGGAUAUGCGAGGCAAACAAUUUUUCACCGGCGUCGAGAUACGCGUGUGGGCUAUCGCCUGCUUCGCACCGCAGCGCACCGUCCGGGAGGAUGCACUGCGGAACUUUACCCAGCAGCUGCAGAAGAUUUCGAACGACGCCGGCAUGCCGAUCAUCGGGCAGCCGUGCUUCUGCAAGUACGCGACCGGGCCGGAUCAGGUCGAGCCGAUGUUCAGAUACCUGAAGAGCACCUUCAGCCAUCUGCAGCUGGUCGUCGUGGUGCUGCCCGGCAAAACGCCCGUUUACGCGGAAGUGAAGCGCGUCGGUGACACGGUGCUCGGUAUGGCAACGCAGUGUGUUCAGGCUAAGAACGUUAACAAAACGUCACCCCAGACACUGUCCAAUCUCUGCCUGAAGAUCAACGUCAAGCUGGGCGGUAUCAAUUCGAUCCUGGUGCCAUCGAUCAGACCAAAGGUGUUCGACGAGCCUGUCAUUUUCCUUGGCGCCGAUGUGACCCACCCACCGGCCGGUGAUAACAAGAAGCCCUCGAUAGCGGCGGUGGUCGGUUCGAUGGACGCUCAUCCUUCCCGGUACGCGGCAACGGUGCGGGUACAGCAGCACCGGCAGGAAAUCAUCCAAGAGCUGAGCAGUAUGGUGCGCGAGCUGCUCAUAAUGUUCUACAAAUCGACCGGCGGUUUCAAACCGCACCGCAUCAUACUGUACCGGGACGGCGUGUCGGAGGGCCAGUUCCCGCACGUGCUGCAGCACGAGCUGACCGCGAUCCGUGAGGCGUGCAUCAAGCUGGAGGCGGACUACAAACCGGGCAUCACGUUCAUCGUGGUGCAGAAGCGCCAUCACACGCGGCUGUUCUGUGCGGACAAGAAGGAGCAGAGCGGCAAAUCGGGCAACAUUCCAGCCGGUACGACGGUCGACGUGGGCAUCACGCAUCCGACCGAGUUCGAUUUUUACCUUUGCAGUCACCAGGGCAUUCAGGGCACGAGUCGCCCGUCCCAUUACCACGUACUCUGGGACGACAAUCACUUCGAGUCGGACGAGCUGCAGUGCCUAACGUAUCAGCUGUGUCACACGUACGUGCGGUGUACGCGAUCCGUUUCCAUUCCAGCUCCUGCCUACUACGCACAUCUGGUUGCAUUUAGGGCGAGGUACCAUUUGGUCGAGAAGGAGCACGAUUCUGGCGAAGGAUCUCAUCAAAGCGGCUGCUCGGAGGACAGAACACCGGGAGCGAUGGCACGUGCCAUUACCGUACACGCGGACACCAAAAAGGUUAUGUACUUUGCUUAAAUUGUACAAAGCCUCCCAACAAGCAUACAUGCAUACAAAAAACAAACAAAACCAAGACGACAAGACACACACACAUACACACGCGCGUGUCGUGUCUGAGAAAAGGAGUCGAAAUCAAAUCCCAAAAAAGCGGAAACACAUUAUUAUACAUCCCCCCCAACACCAUGGUCUCGUUCUGCUGAUGGAAGAAGAAUCGUCGCAACAGCAGUAGCAGUGUAGCAGGCUGUGCCAAUGGUCGAGUCGGCAAUGCCCUGCUACUACGAUCCAGAUCUCGCCCUUUUUAAUAGUUGAUCGCGCCCAUUUGAUGCUUUAAGUUUUCGACCGUUAUGCUUAAACAGGUGUGUGAGUUCCGCGACCGUUGCUCCAUAUUACCAAAUUAUCACCGACAAAUGCUACACACCAUGCACAGUGUUUCUCACCAUCACACUUCUCAAAGAAAAGUGUCGCUCAUGAGUUUGCAACACCGGACCCUCUCGGACCCAACCCCCAAAUGCAUGCAGAAAUGGGGGGGGGCGCAUGCAAAUAUGUAUAGAUUUUCGAAAGGUUAAACAUUUUAUUUUUAUACAUCUAAUCUAAUCUAUAGUUGCUUUGUGGUUUUUGCGAUUUAUACACCGAAAAGCAGAAAAAACAAACUAGUUUCCUAAAGUAGUUACUGUUUCUUCCUGAAGAAAUCCUGUCACAUCUCCGCCGGUAGUGUGAGGACACCAAGAGGGGGAAAAAUCAACUGAGCUUUAGUUGUGGUUAGAGUUUAAUUAUUUACGGCUCUUUUUUUUUCUCAAUCUGAUGAUAUCAAAAGUUUUGAUAGAAAUCCACACACACACGUGCACACACAGAAGCAAUAACAUGUAACAGUUUUACAGUGCUGAGCAUGUUCUUAUGUGUAUACUUAGUCCUUUUUACUAGUUUAGUACAAUUGAAAUACAAGGGAUUUUUUUUACGUCUAAACGCGCGAGCAGCAGGAGGGCACGAUCAUCCUGCAAUCAAGUGGAUUAAUUUAAUUAUUUGAAUAAGCUUCCGGUUUUUCUUUUGGUUUGCUUUAUUAGCAGCAAGUAAUGUUGUUUGACAAGAUUAUUGAAAACACACUCACACAACGACAUAAAAGUAUAUGAUUGUCUGCGAAAAGCGUCCUCCAGUUACGAUUCUUUAUCACACUGUUCCCCUCCUGCGAGAUCUCUGUGCCGCAGAUUUUUUGUUUUGUACGUGCAGCCAUGAUUCUAUCCCUCGCCUGCCACACCGGAACACAACCAGAAAGGAUGUGCACAUAUUAUAUGGUUGUUCUGCUUUCUACAAUGAAAAGCAAGCACAAGCUCUCGCCCCACUACUUAUGCAAAGCCAGGUAGGACGAUUCUUUUAGCCAACCAACACGAUCAUCAAGCUUUAAUAUACGGUGUAAAUAAUAUAGUUCAAACAGGUGUGCACUGCUAGAUGUGUUUUGCGUUUGGGGGGGUGUAAGCAUAAUAUGAUUUGCCCGCCCCCCACCUACCUUUCCGUACGCCGCUUUGUCUACUACUACUACUACUACAAAGUAAGGCGAGUGUGCGCGUUUGUUGUUUGUACAACAGCAAACACAACGCGCGCCGCUCCAUUGUGCCGGGAAUUCUUUCAUGGAAGAUGAUGAACACACAAUCAAAUAAGCAAGUUUACAGUACAUUUUAAGCACGAAAGAAGGUGAACGAGCGAUGAGAGAGAGAGUAACGGGCGCGCAGGUCCGUCUGUCGGGGAUGAUUAUUGUAUCGAAUAACCUAUUUGCGCCAACGAAAAUGCAUCAAAUCUUAGUGCAGAAAACACAUGUAUAAUUAGCUCUGAGAUAAGGUAGAUGGAUGUACGUUUUUGUGUGUGUGUGUGUGAGUGUGUAAAAGAAGAUUCUUAAGAAAACACAGAUUCAAAAAGAAAGCUAGCAAUCGGUGUAAUAUGUCGUCAGCUUUAUUGUAAUAUAUUUAAAAGGAUGUAACAAUUUUACAGGAACAAGGUAAAAAACAAAACGAUCCCAGAAACAUUGCCAUCUCGAUUGCGAUUGUCACGCCAAUUAUAAAUCCACCAGUUUCGAACGUCUCGAAUCGAAGGAGGCUUUUAUGAAGGCAAAAUGUGUCAAAAAGUAAACGAUGUCCUUAAUCAAAGCGAGAGAGAAGAGAGAGAGAGAGCGAGAGAGGGAUAAGUGCUAAAUGACAGAUACACAGCUCGGGUGCAGCUGCAGUUAAAAUCGGGCUGCUACACUUAAUCGUACGAUACUUAUAGUGAGGAAAAAGGAACAAUCUGCUAUUUUUGUUUGUCUGUUUCAUUCUUUUUUUCUCCUUUUUUGCGAUCGAAAUCUAAAUACACGAAAAAACCCACCCAGAAAAGAAGAACCAGCAAGAGGCAACACCUCGUUUAGUAACCCCCCAAGUGUUUUCAUAUCGCGCGGAUCGCUAAAGGUUUCAAUAAAACUGUAAAAAAAGGCGCGCGUACCAAACUACGCACCCGGGAUUCAUACAAAAUGGCCGACUUACAAGCUCUGUGUGUACUAGAUCGAUUAAAAUCAAACCCCUUCUACCUAUUUUACUGUCGGUUGAUCUUCUUGCGUUAGCCAUUUUGGGUAAUUUUUCUCUUCAAACCGGUUUAGGAUUAAUGAUGGCCAAUGCGAGCAAGCAUCAAGGAAGAAAAUUGUAGAAAACUAUUUAUCACAAACAAAUUACUUGGCUAGAGGAGGAAGCAGAGCAGCAUUGAUGGAUUUUAAUGAAGGUUAGCUUUGUAGGAGUGCGAUCCGUAGUCAGCCGUUGUUUUGCUCGUGUGGAUAUUGGGCAUGUGGCUUCCUUAUUUAAUUUUAACCAAGCCAAAUGAGAGAGAGAGAGAGCGAGAGCGAGAAGGAAAACAGAACGAAAGACAGAGCAGCAUGAUUCUAAAGAAAACCAAGGUGAGGUUUUUGCCGUUUUCCUGUGUGGAAAUAUAAUAUCACUUGGAAGAGAUGUGAGGAUGAGUAUGGCAGGCUCAGGCAGUUGCUCUCUCUACACGCAACACUAUCAUCGCAGCUAGUGUUGGUGUAGCAAGGGUACGUGCAUAUUCAUCAAACCAAACCACAGACAUAUUAGUACGGCGGUCACUGUGUGCCACCAAUAAGAUGAAACUUCAGUCCGGGAAUUAGUAUGUAAGGAAACAAAACAAACAAAACAAAAACUAACGAGUACAUUAUUAUAAAUGAUUACAUGUAAAAUAUGAUGGCGAUCACCAAAUUGCUAAGUUCUCAGCAGCAGUAGCAGCAGCGUAUCGCUCGAAAGAAAUGUUCAUGGGACACUAACAACACAACAGACACACACACACAGCUAUAGUGUGUAGCAAAGUGACGCCAAUAAGUUAGAAUUGUAUGUGUGUGUGUGCGUGUUUUAGUUUUUAUAUUUAUUAAGCAAAACUGCACCAUGCGCAACUGAGAAAUGGUUUCGCCGAAGGUAGAUGAAACACAAGCCACACAACCUCAACGUGAACAUAAAUUCCACACCACCACAUAAGCUACACACACUGAUCUUAUUUGAAAUCCAUGCUGCGGGGGCUGCUGCGUAGUAAAACGGAACAAAAUGGUUGCUGAAAAAAUGGGUUUUUAGCUGUAAUUACAAUGCAUAGGCUCCUUUUCGUGUAGCGCGUCACUUAAUACACAUUUCACGUACACAUGCAAACACAUGCAAACACCAUCAAGAGUAGCUCCCAUGAAUUUUACUUAGUGUAAUUUAACAAAAAAAAAAAAAACAGAAUCCGGGAAACACGGUCGCCGCCCUAGAUGGCGCGUCGUCCUUGGGGCCCCCACAGUUCUAAUCUCUCUUCGGUAAGCAGGUAGGAAAACGAGUGAACGAGUGACCGUAAACGUAACACAAAUGCGGAAGGGUAUGCAUAAAACUAGCGAGAAAGCACAUCGGAUCGGAUGGGUAAGGUGAAGUGGAUAAAAACAAAAUGGAAACCAACACACAACACAGUGACCAAACACACAAAAGGGAAAAAAAUGAAGAAGAACGAAAACGAAAGAGAGAGCGAGAGAAGGUGAAACAAAUAACUAUAUUCAACUUAUACAAGGGAUUUAUAACAUAUUAAGGUAGUCAAACGAGAGAGAGAGAAUGAGAGAAAAUGGUAAGAAAAAAAGCUAAGAAAUCCAAUCUUUAAUGGUAAGAAACAAGAAAACACACACACAAACACUUUAACAAAUGAAAAUUGUAUUUUAGAUAAAAAGGAAAACACGCAAACUAAAGUAAUGAAAAAGAGAGCGAAGGUGGGCGAAACAAAAACCACAACUCUAGUGAGUAAAACACAACAACAACACAAAAAACAAAAACGCAUAAACUUUAAGGAAAAGCGAAGACACCCACAGAAACAAAACCCCUUAAGAGAAGAAAAAAUGGAGCUGGCUGGUGUGAAUACAAUGUCAAAGGCACAUAUACACACACACUCUCAAAUGAAUUAUGAUGGUUGGAGGGGGAAGGAGCAUACCAAACAUUAAAAUUAAAAAAGAAUUCCAAAACUGAUUGCAAAGUGUUAAGAAGGGCUGGCGAAAACAAAAAAAUCCCUUAGAUAAAUGUGUGUGUGCGUUUGUUUUGCGCAGACUAAAAUGGAAGAAUGAACAAGAAACAAAAUGGUGUACUUGUCUGAAUUUUAGCAAGAUGUCGGACAGAAGGAUCCAGUUUUCAAAUUCGAUCACGCAAACGCACACACACACACAUUCACACACAUUGGUACUAUGAGGGGAAUGUGUGUGUGUGAGAAAUGAUAAUAAAUUAAACACACCCCCAAAAAAACAACAAUUUAUGAGGAUGAUAACAUUUAGGACAUCAAGCACACUUGUGUUAAUGAAUCCUCCAAUGAUGAUCAUGGUUUAGCUUUACCGAACGUUUCGUUUUUUAUUUGUUUCUACAUUCGGUUCUCCAAAAGAAAAAACAAAAAAAUGUACCAGAUUUGUAUGACCACACUGUAACACACAAAACGUUGAAAACAUUAAGUUAAGUUGUAAAGAAAACGGGGGUCAAAACAUCAAUCAGCUUUCUCAAAGCAGCAGCAGCAGCAGCAUCGCCGCGACAGCAAGAGUGUAGCCGCCGUACGCUUGUGUGCGUGCCGUCACACUCUUCACUUGCCUUUCUCUUCUGUUAAUUUUAUUAAUUUAAUAAUGCAAAUACGUUUAAAAACACAUACAAAGAAAUCCAUUAAAGCAAAGAUGCCUUUGAAAUUGUAUGCGUGUGUGUGCGUGUGUGCGUGUGGGGUGAAGCUAGUAAGAGCGCUCGAGUAACCAGGACGACGAUCUGCUUCUACGCCUUUCCCGCGCAUACACGCAUACAAAGAGCAACAAAAAGAAAAACAAAAUGCGCGAGAUAUCUCCUUCACACAAGUCUAAAUAAGCUGGCAGAAGAAUGCCUUAGGUUUAUGAAACUGUUUAUUAUAUUUUUCUGCUGCUCUCGUAUAAGUUUUUUUUAUAGUGUUCAUAGCUCACCUACCGCGCUACCCCUCACCAAUCCCAUCCCCUUGGUUAGCGCCAGGGGGGAAUGUAGUGGAUUCUGGGAGAGGGGAAGAGUGGUGGCUGGACGAAGUUCGUUAAUAAUAAUGAUACAUUUUCCAGUUAAAUUGGCCUCCCCUUUUCUGUUUUUUUGUUGUGCGUUGUGCUUUUUUUUAUUGCAAUUUUCCCAUUUGCUCUGCGGUAUUUGUGAAAGUUGUAACAGCCACAAUAAAGAAUAUAUUAACUGUAAAGCGA